UACUCUCUCUCUCUCCACCACCACCAACACCACCACCACCACCACCACCAUGGAUUCAAUCUCAUUUUCCUCACUCUCCCCCUACUACCAUCUCAUCUUCACUGCUCUAGCCUUCAUUGCAUCAAGCGUAGUCUUCUUGCUUUCUCGAAAAUCGAAAUCGAAGGUGGUCAAUCUCCCUCCUGGACCCCCGGGUUGGCCAGUCGUCGGAAACCUCUUCCAAGUCGCUCGAUCCGGCAAACCCUUCUUCCAAUACGUGAGAGAUCUGUUACCCAAGUAUGGUCCAAUCUUUACUCUGAGAAUGGGGACUCGAACCAUGAUCAUCAUCAGCAGUGCCGAGCUCGCUUACGAAGCACUUAUCGAAAAGGGUCAAGUCUUCUCGAGUCGGCCGAGGGAGAAUCCGACCAGAACCAUCUUCAGUUGCGACAAAUUCACCGUCAACGCCGCCGUCUACGGCCCCGUGUGGAGGUCCUUGCGGCGGAACAUGGUUCAGGGCAUGCUGAGUACGAGUCGACUCAGAGAGUUUCGUGAUGUGAGAGAUGUUGCCAUGGAUAAGCUCGUUGCUCGGCUUAAAUCCGAAGCAGAGGCUAACAAUGGGGCUGUUUGGGUGCUGAGCAACGCUCGGUUCGCAGUUUUCUGUAUUCUUCUAUCGAUGUGUUUUGGGGUCGAAAUGGACGAGAAAAUGAUCGAGAAAAUCGAUCAGAUGAUGAAGACUGUGUUGAUUACUGUCGAUCCGAGGAUUGAUGAUUUUUUACCCAUUUUGAGUCCAUUUUUUCCGAAACAACGGAAGAGAGUCACGGAGGUUCGGAAGGAGCAAAUUGAAGGCUUAGUUCCAUUGAUCGAGAAGCGUCGAGCGGUGCUCAAAAACCCGGGUUUGGAACCAAACUCGGUGUCUUUUUCGUACCUCGACACGCUUUUCGAUCUUAAAAUUGAGGGUCGAAAAUCGGGUCCGACCACCGCUGAGAUCGUCACUCUCUGCUCCGAAUUUGUCAACGGUGGGACGGACACGACAGGUACGGCAAUCGAGUGGGCCAUCGCUCGAAUGAUCGAGAACCCGGAUAUUCAAUCCAGGCUCUACGAUGAAAUUCGAUCGACGGUCGGUGAUCGGAAAGUGAACGAGAGAGAUGCAGAGAAGAUGGUGUACCUAAACGCCGUCGUUAAAGAGUUGCUACGUAAACACCCUCCUACGUACUUUUCAUUGACCCAUGCAGUCAUAGAACCAGCCAAGUUAGCGGGUUAUGAUAUACCCACGGACACCAAUGUGGAGUUCUUUUUGCCUGGUAUUUCGGAUGACCCGAAGUUAUGGACCAACCCGGAAAAGUUCAACCCGGAUCGGUUUAUCACCGGGGGAGAGGACGCUGAUAUAACGGGGGUGAAGGGAGUGAAGAUGAUGCCAUUUGGGGUCGGGCGGAGGAUUUGUCCGGGUUUGGGUAUGGCCACAACCCACGUGAAUUUGAUGAUAGCCCGGAUGGUUCAGGAAUUCGAAUGGUCCGCUUACCCGGAAAAUAGCAAAGUGGAUUUUAGUGAGAAGUUGGAGUUCACUGUGGUGAUGAAAAAUACACUAAGAGCCAAGGUCGAACCAAGGGUUUGACUAAAGUGGUUUUUUUAAGGUGACAGCGAGGUUUAUAAAUAUUUUAUUUUAUUUUAUUUUUUGGGUGUUUUGUUUGUUUUUAUUGUUUAAUUUUGGGUUUAAGUAAUUAGUGGAGUUUAUGCAAUAUUGUAUGUUUGGAAUGUGAAACUCUUUGCCACACAACAAAAGAGGCACUAUCCCUUUCAAUCAAUGUGACUACUCGUGUUUAUUAAGUAUAAAUGUUUGGUUAGCUCAUGGAAAUGGGCCGUGAAUUUUUCCAAA